GAAGGGGCGGAGCCGUCCCCCCACAUAUAAGGCUCCGGAGCCAGCAGCUGCGGCUCCCGAGACCCCCGAAAGGCCAUGGGCGCCCCGCCGACGCCCCAGCUCCUGUCCCGGACGGUGAUCCUGGCGUUUAUUUUCCUUCCGCAGGCACGGCCGGCCGGCGUCUUCGAGCUGCAGAUCCACUCCUUCGGGCCGGGACCAGGUCCGGGGGCCCCGCGGUCCCCCUGCAGCGCCCGGGGCGCCUGCCGCCUCUUCUUUAGGGUCUGCUUGAAGCCAGGAGUCUCCGAGGAGGCCGCCGAGUCUCCGUGCGCCCUGGGCGCGGCGCUGAGUGCGCGCGGCCCCGUCUACACCGAGCAGCCCGGAGCGCCGGCGCCUGACCUGCUGCUGCCCGACGGCCUCAUGCGCGUGCCGUUCAGGGACGCCUGGCCGGGCGCCUUCUCUCUCGUCAUCGAAACCUGGAGAGAAGAGUUAGGAGAACAGAUUGGAGGGCCCGCCUGGAGCCUCCUGGCGCGCGUGGCCGGCCGGCGUCGCCUGGCGGCCGGCGGCCCGUGGGCCCGGGACGUGCAGCGCGCAGGCGCCUGGGAGCUGCGCUUCUCGUACCGCGCGCGCUGCGAGCCGCCCGCCGUCGGGGCCGCGUGCACGCGCCUCUGCCGCUCGCGCAGCGCCCCCUCGCGGUGCGGCCCGGGACUGCGCCCCUGCGCGCCGGUCGAGGAUGAGUGCGAGGCAGCGCUGGCAUGUCGAGCCGGCUGCAGCCCGGAGCACGGCUUCUGUGAGCAGCCCGGUGAAUGUCGAUGCCUGGAGGGCUGGACCGGGCCCCUCUGCACCGUCCCUGUCUCGACCAGCGGCUGCCUCAGCCCCAGGGGCCCGUCCUCGGCCACCACUGGAUGCCUUGUCCCUGGGCCUGGGCCCUGUGAUGGGAACCCCUGUGCCAACGGGGGCAGCUGCAGUGAGACACCGGGGUCCUUCGAAUGCGCCUGUCCCCGUGGCUUCUAUGGGUUGCGGUGUGAGGUGAGCGGGGUGACAUGCGCGGAUGGACCUUGCUUCAACGGUGGCUUGUGUGUGGGCGGCGCAGACCCCGACUCUGCCUACAUCUGCCACUGCCCGCCCGGGUUCCAAGGCUCCAACUGUGAGAAGAGGGUGGACCGGUGCAGCCUGCAGCCCUGCCGGAACGGCGGGCUCUGCCUGGACCUGGGCCACGCCCUGCGCUGCCGCUGCCGCGCCGGCUUCGCGGGCCCGCGCUGCGAGCACGACCUGGAAGACUGCGCCGGCCGCGCCUGCGCCAACGGCGGCACCGCCGCCCCGCCGGGCCCGAGGCUGGGGGACCCGCAGCGCUUCCUUUGGCCGCCGGCUUUGGGACUGCUGGCGGCCGCGGGCUUGGCCGGCGCUGCGCUCCUGCUGGUCCACGUGCGACGCCGCGGCCCUGGCCGGGAGACUGGGUCUCGCUUGCUGGCGGGGACCCCGGAGCCAUCUGUCCACGCGCUCCCUGAUGCACUCAACAACUUGAGGACGCAGGAGGGUUCCGGGGAUGGCCCGAGCCCGUCCGAAGAUUGGAAUCGCCCUGAAGAUGGAGACUCUCGCGGGAUUUACGUCAUCUCUGCUCCUUCGAUCUACGCUCGGGAGGCCUGACCCGCCCUUCUCCAUCAGCUCCUGGAGACGGAAGCUGGAUAUUUUUGAAUUCACUUGGUGGUGCCCAGUCUCUGCCUCAAACACUUUGGAGUUCAAGCUGGAAGGGGUGGCUGGGAGAAUUUUACCUUGAAAGUUGUACAUAAUGGUUAUUUAUAUCCUAUUUUCUUCUCUCCCCAUCUUUCCAGAGACAUUUAUAAAGGCUCUUAUUUUGAUCA